AUGAUGAUGAUGAUGAUCCUGAUGAAGAAGAAAGAGCUCAUCCCGCUGGCCACCAUAGUCAAUAUCGCCGGGUUGGGACCCAUCUCCGUGUCCGUGUACUCUCUCUUCCAGACGGCCGUCAUCCUCAACAGGUCCAAAUUUCCAGAGCCAUGGGAGAAAGUGGAUCCUACCCAGCCUCAAAAGUUACUCUCGAUUAACCAGCAGUGGAAACCCAUCGAGGAACUGCAGAAGGUGAAAAGGCUGACCAAGCGACCAAGAGACCGAGCCACCAUCCCCCACCCCCCGGGAAUCCAGAGGAACCACCUCUGCACAAAUUCACCUUCUGAACCAGCACACAGAGAUACGUACACUGCAUUCUCGGGGUCAUCCCCCAAUCUGGGGGCCUUCGUGGUCCGGGGUCUCCCACCCCACGGAAGGACCACCUUGCAGGCUGGCGACCGGACAAGUGGCUUCCGACUCUAA